AGCAUUUACUGCACAAAUACCCAGUGUUAGGUGAAGGCCCUCAACAAUAACUCGCUGGUUCUGAUCUGGACUAGACUCUCAGCUCUGCUGUAUUAUUGGAUGAUUUCUUAGAUCAAAAUGUGCGUCAGAUUCCUUGGACUUCUCCUAGUUUGGUUUCCUGGAGUGCUGCAUGCUCAGACUACCUCGUGUAGCGCUCCUACACUGGAUGGUGGUUUCUUUGCCCCGAAGCAGGAGACUUAUGCUGAUGGAACGAAGCUAAGCUACACCUGCAAUGAAGGACGUAAACUAGCUGUGCCGGGCUGGUGGACAAUGAGCACAUGUCAGAAUGGCCAAUGGUCUCAUGAACCACAAUGUAUAGAUGAAACAUCCUGCCUUCCACCAACUAUUCCCAACGCAAUAUACGAUGUAAAUUCAAAGGGCUGGUAUGAGGAGGGAGAUAAAAUAAGGAUAAAAUGUCUGGAAGGAUACGAACACAAAGACAGACACGCCACAGCUGUAUGUCAGAAUGGAGCAUGGCCCUCUCUACCGGUCUGUGAGAGAAGUACCGAAUCAUGCAGUGAGCCUCCUAAGAUGCCUCAUGCAGUCAUCAUCGAUAUGAAAUCCCAAGAGGUGUUUGCUGAAGGUUCAGAACUGUUGUAUGAAUGUGAAGAUGGAUUUACAACAGAAGGGACAGACGAGAAGAAAAUCUAUUGUCUGUAUGGAAACUGGACUGAAAGCAGACCGUGUAGACCUUCUUCCAGCACUGGGUCAAAUGAGGGCGACAGUGGAACUUUUCAGUCAAUUUCAGUUGACAAAUGUGGACGAUUUCCCCUAGUUGAAAAUGGCAUCCCAACAGAAAAUAGUCCACUUUCUUUGAAAUACACCUGUAAUGAUUUUUACAAACUAGUGGGUCCAGCUAUAGUGGUGUGUUACAGAAACAGCAUGUGGUCAGACGUACCCAUUUGCAAAGAUACCUCCUGUCGUGUUGACACCACUAGGUAUCCUGACUUAAAACCUGCUGGAAUUAAAAUAUUAAGGGAUGGUGAGUCAAUGAAAUUGACUUGUACAGAUGUGUGGAAUUUUGAAAACUUUCCCAAGUUCAGCUGCAAAAAUGGAAGAGUGGAGUCAACCGAAUGUUGUAACCGACUUCAGUUGCAUUUGGUGAGUGUUCCUGGUCUCAUUUGGGAAAGAUACGGAUGAAGCGGAUCACUGCUUUAUAUUCAUGUUAAUCUUACUAGUUUUUUUAAUUUAACUGUGGUCACCUGUUAUUCGUAACACUUUGUGUUCUGACAUUAGGGUGUAUGUCGAAGAGAAGAGACUGAUGCCUCUGGAUUUGAUCCCCACCUGAAAAAAAAAAAAAAUGCCAGCGUUCAAAUGUGCGUCUACCUAUACAAUGUGGGAGAAAACUGUGUUCAAAGCUGCAAAAU